ACGCCCUUGCCGGGUCGCCUAACCAGCGUGCCGCAGCAAACUCAGCAACAGCAUCAACAGCAAAAGCAAAAGCAACAGUCAACCUUAGCGAAGAAAGCCAGCACGACCAUGACCAUGACCAUGACCAGUACCAGUACCACCACCACUCCAACACCGACUUUGACUUCUACCUCAACUGCAAUGACAGAUCACCCGGAUCGUUCCGAUGACGGGCUUUCUAUUUAUCCAAAGCGACCAAUGCCGCUGGACGAUCAGUACCAACUGCUUAUCCAGCAAAGACAGAUAAUGACGCUGUAUGACUACUACCUCUAUCAGCGUAACAGUCACAGUCACAGUCAGAGUCAUAGUCACAGCAGCAGUCACGGCCCUUCGAUUGCCACCACGAGCAACUAGAGACAUCGACUAGAACCUUAGCUCAAAACUUAAAGCAAUGCCAUUAUGUAGUGAUAUAUAUACAUACCUAUACAUCUACCUACCAAUCUAUUAUACACGACGAACAAAGAGAGUAGACCCCAUUAUUAUUAUUAGGAGGGGUAAGACGAUUACGAACAAUAUAUAUUAUAUGCUUAACAAAUAACAAAAUACAUUAGACAUUAGGUAAGCUAGUUAUAGGAGGUCGUUUGGAAGUCUUUUAGAUUAUAGUUAGAUUAGCCAGAUCAUCCUGUAGACUUGCUGACUUUUUCACAAACUCAUGCCUAUGGACCAGUAUAAAGAUUACGGAUAUACACUAUUUACACUCUGUGGCCUUCUUUUACCUUAUACCUCAUACAACGUACUCGUAGUCAAUUUUACAAAUAUAGCUCCUUUCGUGUUAAUGUUAGUUCGAAAACGGACGGACCUCGCACAAGUUGCCUUUCUGAAUAUCUACGUAAUUUCUCACUCGACCUAGACAAGCUACCGAUUGAACAGAUUGUAACGCGCUUUCUUCCGUAACAUAAAUAUACUAUUAUAAAAAAAAAAAUAAU